GGCAUACACCACGUACAAUGGAAGAAGCUAUCCUCUUGAACGUGGAGGGUGUGAGGAAGAAAAUUUGUCAUGGAGGAACAGGUGACAUGCCUCAAUUUAUCAGUGGAUCUAAGGUUACCUUUCAUUUUCGUACAAUAAAGUGUGACGAUGAAGGAACUGUUCUUGAUGACAGCAAGAAAGUUGGAGUCCCGAUGGAAAUCAUCAUUGGAAAUAUGUUUAAGCUUGAGGUUUGGGAGAUCCUGCUCACAUCUAUGAGGAUUGGGGAAGUGGCUGAAUUUUGGUGUGAUGUCACACACACUGGCUUAUACCCACUUGUGUCCAAGAGCUUGCGACGCAUUGCAGAAGGAAAAGACCCAACAGACUGGCACAUGCACACCUGUGGUCUGGCAAAUAUGUUUGCUUAUCAUACCUUAGGCUACGAAGACCUAGAUGAACUUCAAAAAGAACCUCAGCCUCUCAUAUUUGUGAUUGAACUAUUAAAGGUUGAAUCACCCAGUAUGUACAAAAGAGAGACAUGGGCUCUGAGCGAUGAUGAAAAGUUGAAGGCUGUUCCUGUGCUACAUGGGGAAGGUAAUCGGCUGUUCAAGCUUGGACGCUAUGAAGAUGCAACCAACAAAUACAGAGAAGCUGUCAUCUGUCUGAAAAAUAUCCAGACAAAGGAAAAGCCUUGGGAAGUACCUUGGAUGAAACUAGAGAAGAUGAUAAACACUUUAAUUCUGAACUACUGCCAGUGCCUGCUGCGAAUGGAGGAGUAUUAUGAGGUAUUGGAACACACCACUGAUCUCAUCCAGCACCAUCCAGGUUUGGUGAAGGCAUAUUUCUUACGAGGAAAAGCCAAUGCAGAAGUUUGGAAUGAGACAGAAGCAAAGAAUGAUUUUGCAAAAGUCAUGGAUUUGGAUCAAACUAUGAGUCGACUGGUAAAAAAAGAAAUCAGGAUGCUGGAGACCAGAAUGCAAGACAAAGCAGAAGAGGAAAAGCUAAAAUAUAAAAACCUAUUCUCUAGCGGUGAUCAGAAAUGAGGACUUUUUCAUUCACGGACAUCAAUCAGUGAUGUUCUUCAAAAAUUAGUAUGAACAAUAUGUGAAUAAUUAAUAUUCUACAUUAUGAAUACACAGGGAAGAUACAUUUGAAACCAC